CACGUGACAUAUGACGUAGCAUUACAGCGAGUUGACAAAUAAUCGUUGGUUUGAAAACAGGACGAAAUUCGGAGAAACGCUCCAUUAUGAGACAGCAGCGUUAAAGAAACGGACCUUUCACUUUGUAUGCGAAGAAGACAAGACCUACUGACUUUUAACAGGAACUCUUAAUGCGUUAGCAUUAGCACUAGUUUAACUUAUAACGUUAACAACCCAGAACGAUUCUGCCUACACUGGGAGUACAGUAGGUGCUAUCUCACAAUGCGUACUCGACAGAGAAGCUCCCAGCUGGGCCUGUUGCUUUUGGCCUCACAGCUGUUUCGAGUGGGUCUGGACAACAUCCCACCUGUCACCAUGGCUGUGCUUGCUCUCAAUGUGUACCUGUAUAUUUUUCCUGCAGCACCACUUUUGCAGACCUGUAUAAGUGUGCAGCAGGCAUACUGGCUUAAGGACUGGCGUCGUCUCCUGCUGUCGCCGCUGCACCAUGGUGAUGAUUGGCACCUCUACUUCAACAUGGUGUCAUUCCUCUGGAAAGGAAUGAAACUGGAGAGACAGCUUGGUGGAGCCUGGUUCCUUUAUUUGCUGUCAGUCUUUUCUCUGCUCACUGGAAUAGUGUAUCUAGUGUUGGAAGCAGCAUUGACAGAGCUAACAGAGGACCCAUCCUACAGCAUGACCUGCGCUGUCGGUUUCUCAGGUGUCCUGUUUGCUCUGAAGGUGCUCAAUAACCAUUACAAUCCUGGAGGUGUGACAUAUGUGGUUGGUAUCCCCAUAUCAAAUUCCCAUGCUAGCUGGGUAGAGCUGGUUUUGAUCCACAUCACGUCUCCUGGGACUUCGUUUGUCGGUCACCUCUCAGGUAUCUUGGUGGGUUUGCUCUACACUCUAGGCCCCCUAAAGGCCAUCAUGGAGAAAUGUGCAGAUUUUCUGACAUCAGGUAGAAACAACUCAGGAACUUCAGGAUAUCAUCAGUAUCCAUCGGGUAACACAUCAAAUCAUUCAGAAUCACACACAGGCGGGCUGACGGAGGAGGAACAGUUAGAGUUGGCCAUCAGGAACAGCCUGAACGACAGAGGACAAGCAAGACACGGAGGAGCAACUCCUCCUCCCUAUGGUUUCAACCUAGCAGAGGAGAUCAGACUGAGGAGACUGAGGCGGUUCGACAGCUGAACUACCAGGUAAAACAAA